AUAGACCGUCCACGUUUGUUUCCUUUUCCUUGGAAAAAGUGCCGAAAAGUUCCACCGGUGGCUGUUUGUUUAAAGUUUUAUUACUCCCGGUAGUUUUUUUUGGCGGUGUAAACCUAAUCACAACCGAGCAACCAUGCCUCCGAAGAAGAUCCUUGAACCGGAAGUAAAACCACUGAUUGGCCGCAUCGGUACCAAUCUGCGCAUCGGUAUUGUUGGAGUGCCGAAUGUCGGCAAAUCAACCUUUUUCAACGUGCUGACCAAGAGUGCUGCACCGGCGGAAAACUUUCCCUUCUGUACCAUCGAUCCGAACGAGAACAGAGUUCCUGUGCCUGAUGCGCGGUUCGAUUACUUGUGCGAGUAUCACAAACCGGCAAGUAAAGUGCCAGCCUACCUCAACGUGGUGGAUAUUGCCGGUCUAGUGAAGGGAGCAGCCGAAGGACAGGGUCUAGGCAAUGCGUUCUUGUCACAUAUAAACGCAUGUGAUGCGAUCUUUCAUUUAUGCCGUGCUUUCGACGAUCCGGACGUAACGCACGUCGAAGGCGAGGUUGAUCCAGUGCGCGACCUGUCCAUCAUUGCCGAGGAACUGCGGCUUAAAGACGAAGAGAAGCUGAUGAUAAAUCUGGACAAAAUGGAGAAACUGGUGACCCGAGGCGGAGACAAAAAGAGCAAACCGGAAUAUGAAACUUUACUCAAAGUCAAGGAAGUCCUGGUGGAUGAAAAAAAGCACAUCCGAUUCGCCGACUGGAGCGCACACGACAUUGAGGUGUUGAAUAAAUAUCUCUUUUUGACGUCCAAGCCGUGUAUCUAUCUGGCCAAUCUCUCGGAGAAGGACUUCAUUCGAAAGAAGAACAAGUGGCUACCGAAGAUCAAGGAGUGGAUCGAUAAGAACGAUCCCGGUUCGUCACUUAUUCCAUUUUCCGGCCUCUUUGAGCACAAACUGGCCGAGUUCGAAACGGAAGCGGAACAAAAAGCAUACGAAGAGGAAACCAAGUGUACCUCGAUGUUGGAUCGAAUCAUUACGACUGGAUACAAGGCGCUGCAUCUGGAGUACUUCUUCACGGCCGGUCCAGAUGAGGUUAAGGCAUGGACAAUCCAGAAAGGAACCAAAGCUCCGCAAGCGGCCGGCCGUAUACAUACCGACUUCGAGAAAGGCUUCAUCAUGGCCGAAGUGAUGCACUACAAUGACUUCAAAGAGGAAGGAAGUGAAGCAGGUGCCAAGGCUGCUGGCAAGUAUCGGCAACAGGGCCGGAACUAUGUCGUCGAAGAUGGGGAUAUUAUAUUUUUCAAAUUCAACGCCGGUGCCGGGCUGAAGGAUGCUGCCAAGAAGAAGUGAUACCAGCAGUUUGCCACGGUCAUCAUUGUGUUUCUCUAUCUCAACAUGAUACUGUACUCGCAGAUAUUUCUUCCGCAGCGGCAGUAGGUAAUACAGUAACAACUCGUUUCCUCAAGAUCGAAACUAGUGCAGACAUAUUCGGUAUCUUCAGCAAAAUCCACCCUGCAAGACAUUGAUUAGUACCAAUACACCCUCAUAUGCUUGUCUUGUUGGAAACAAAAUAAACUAAUAAAUUAUUU